UUCACUCCCCAAUAUCACCAUUUUCUUCAUAUAUAUAUAACCUUCAAAAGCAAUUUUCUUGUUCCAAUAAAACGAAUUAAGCAACAUUUUACUGGGUAUAUAAGUGGAGAGUGUAACUGAAAUUAUGUGGAGGUGCAUCAAUGGAAGAAUUGCCAGAAGAUUUUUAUCCACUUCUUCUGCCAGUGCCCGUGGUUGGUGGGACCAUGUAAGGCCAGCACCGAAGGACCCCAUUGUUCGUGUGAACGAGGCAUUUCUAGCUGACCCUUUUCCCCAUAAGAUCAAUCUUGGAAUAGGUACUUAUAAGGGUGAUGAUGGCAAAGCUUUCAUUCCUCAAAGCGUUCGUGAGGCAGAAACAAAGAUUCAGAGAUGUAAAUUGGAGGAGUCAAACGCUUCCGCAGUCAGAUCAAAAUUUGUUCAGGAGUGUGUGAGAUUAGCAUAUGGGAAUGAUUCAAAUGUUGUAAGAGAAGGAUUGUUUGCAGGAGUUCCAACUCUGUCUGGAACCGGUGCAUGUCGGCUUUUUGCUGAAUUUCAACGGCAUUUCUAUCCCGAUUCUCAAAUGUAUCUACCAGAUCCUACUUGGUCAAAUCACCACAAUAUAUGGAGACAGGCUGAAAUUCCAGUCAAAACCUUCCACUACUACCAUCCAGAUACAAAGGGUUUAGAUUUUGCUGCACUCCUCAAUGAUGUCAAGAAUGCACCAGAUUGUUCUUUCUUCUUGCUUCAUCCGUGUGCCCACAACCCAACUGGUGUUGACCCCACUGAGGAGCAAUGGAGAGAAAUAUCAUACCAGUUCCAGGUAAAAAAUCAUUUCCCAUUCUUUGACAUGGCUUAUCAAGGAUUUUCAAGUGGGGAUCUUGACAAGGAUGCAAUAGCACUUCGAAUUUUCCUUGAAGAUGGGCAUUUGAUUGGUUGUGCUCAAUCUUUUGCAAAGAACAUGGGAUUAUCAGAACAUAAAGCUGGUUGUCUUAGUGUUUUGUGCCAGAGUAUAAAGCAAGUAGCUGCACUAAAAAGCCAACUGCAGCUGAUGUCCCAUGCAAUGUAUAGCAGCAUUCCUUUUCAGGGUAUUUCACUAGUUACUAUGAUAUUAAGCGAGCCAGAUACAGAAGCACUUUGGAGAAAAGAGAUAAAGGUCAUGGCUAAACGGAUUCAAACUAUGCGAACUACCUUGCGGCAUUGUCUUGAGAACUUGCAUUCAUCUUUCAAUUGGGAGCACAUAACUGAUCAGGUUGGCAUGUUCUGUUUUUCUGGAUUAACCCCUGAUCAGGUUCAACAGAUGGAGAAGCUGUUCCAUAUAUACAUGACCCCUGAUGGAAGAAUGAGCAUGUCAGGUGUGACCUCUAGCAAUGUGGAUUACUUGGCAAAUGCAAUACAUCAGGUGACCAGAAUCGAUGAGGAAGCCCUAAGAUCAUGUUACGUAUAGCAUUAUUAGUCCUUUUCUACCUUAUUCUGAUCAUAGGGUACAUAACCAUUUUUUCUCUUUUGUAAUUAUCUAUGUACCUGAUAUACAUCAUACCAAUUUAGUGAAAAUAUUGAAGUCAAUAUUUUUGGACCAUCGUGGAUAUUACUCUAAAAAAAUUAUUUGUAAACACAGCCACAUAUUAAGUGAUGAAUGAAAUAACAGAUUUACGUAUGCCUCUUGAAAAAA